UUCACCGCGGCUGCCUCUCGCCGCGGGGCCCCUCCUGGGGCACGGCUGAAGCGCCGGGGCCUCCCCGAAGCGGAGGGAUGGCGAUGGGGGGGCCGGCCGGGGAAGGCAGCAUGUCCCUUCUGGUCCUGCCUGGCCUUGCCCUGCCCUCCCUGCCUCGCUCGGCGGGCCCGGUGCCUGCCUGGAGUUAAAACCGGGAGAGGCUUCGGUUUUGGUCGCUCGGUCGGUUAUUUCUGUCCCCGUAGAAGCCUUCUUCAUUGACAUACAGAAGAAUAUAUGCAGAUUCUGCUGCAACUUUCAAAUAGAAAAAUGAUAUUAGUCCAGCAUUCCUGAGUAUUAAGAAUGGGUCCAGAUGUACCUCUGCUGAAUGAUUACAAACAGGAGUUCUUCUUGAAGCGCUUUCCACAGACUGUGCUGGGAGGUCCCCGGUUUAAAUUAGGCUAUUGUGCCCCUCCUUACAUAUAUGUGAAUCAGAUUAUUCUUUUCCUGACGCCAUGGGUUUUGGGAGGAGUAGGAACACUUUUGUACCAGUUAGGAGUUAUGAAAGACUACUACACCGCAGCACUCUCGGGAGGACUGAUGUUUGUUACUGCACUUAUUCUUCAGAUGACAAAUAUAUAUGCAAAACAGAAAACAGUGACAGUAGAAAGAAUGCAAAUUCAGAACACCCUAACAGAUGAAGAUGAGUUUGAAUUUUCCAGCUGCGUAGGUUCAGAGACAGUAAAAUUUAUUAUUCCUGGCAAGAAGUAUAUAAUCAACGCUGUAUUUCAUUCCCUUCUGGCAGGGGCAUUGUGUGGGCUGGGAACUUGGUAUUUGCUGCCAAACAGAAUAACCUUGCUGUAUAGCAACAUUGGAGGGACUGUUAUGAUCUUUGUGUUUGGAUGGGUGACUGUAUGUAUAGGAGAAUAUUCGUUAAUCAUAAAUACAGCUACCGAAACAGCUACUUUCCAAGCACUGGAUACUUAUGAAAUCACUGCUCUGAUGAGACCUUUCUACAUUUUUAUCUUUAUUGCAGUGGAUCUUGCACACAGGUUUGCUGUCAACACACCCAUUCUAGAGCAGACAAACCAGAUUUUGCACAUCAUAUUUCUUUUUCUGCCAUUCUUGUGGGCACUGGGAAUUCUGCCCCCGCUUGACGCCCUUUUUCUGUGGGGAAUGGAACAACUGUUGGAGUUUGGACUAGGAGGUUCACCCAUGUCAAGUAACACAAAGUUGUUAGUAAUGUUUCUCAUUUCUGCUGGAACAGCAAUAGCGUCGUAUUUCAUUCGCAGCACUCUCGGUGUGAUCCUCUUCAUGACUGGAUUUGGGUUCAUACUGAGUCUUAACCUAAGCGAGAUCGGUUUUGCCUUCAAACACACCAUGAUCAGCCAUUUAGCCUCCAGCAAACCUAAAACUAUGCACAGUGGCCUUAGGAUGCAAUUUGGGUGGAGGGAAUUUAUUUUUUAUUUGACUGUAUUGACGUUUGCUCUCACAGAAGCUAGCCUGCUGCAUCAGUUUGCAGGCUUUUCAUCAUUUUCCAGAGGCAGCCCUCAGGCUAUAGCAAGUUACAUUCUGAUCCUAUUACUUAUAAUUGUGUGGAUUCUUAGAGAGAUUCAGAGAGUGUACUUGUUUGGAGUCUUCCGAAACCCCUUUUAUCCAAAGGAUGUCAGGACUGUGACUGUGUUCAUGGAGAAGCAAAGAAGGCUAAUGAAAGUUGGUGUUGUCAGAAGGAUUUUACUAACACUAGUGUCUCCGUUUGCUAUGAUAGCGUUCCUGUCACUAGACCGUUCGCUACAAAAUCUUCAUUCUGUGUCUGUUUGCAUUGGAUUCACAAGAAUAUUUAGGAUGGUCUGGCAGAAUACAGAAAAUGCCCUGCUGGAUAUAGUGGUUGUGUCAGUAGCACAAAUGCUGGUGUUUAAUCCCGACCUCUGGUGGAACAGGAGCCUUGAUACAGGAAUCAGACUCUUGCUGGUUGGCAUCCUACGGGACCGACUGCUGCAGUUUGUCUCCAAGCUGCAGUUUGCCAUCGCUGUUCUUCUGACAUCGUGGACGGAGAAAAAACAACGGCGAAAAUCCACCGCCACUUUAAUCGCGCUCAACGUGGUGUUCUUCCCCAUCCUGCUGACCUUCGUCGCCGUCUCGGCGCUGCUUUCCUCCCCCUUGCUGCCGCUCUUCACGCUGCCGGUGUUUCUGAUCGGGUUCCCCAGGCCCAUCCGGAGCUGGCCCGGCCCCGUGGGUGCUGCUGCGUGUGUCUGCUCCGAUACCGUGUACUACCAGCAGAUGGUCCCGAGCCUGGCUGGUGCUCUGCAGUCUGCUCUGGCCGCCGGCAGCCUGGGUCUCUCUCUGCCUGGAUCACAUUACUUGUGCCGUUUUCAGGAUAGACUGAUGUGGAUACUAGUGCUAGAAAAAGGCUUCACUUACUGUGGUGUUAACAUUAAGGGGCUAGAAUUGCAGGAAACAUCCUGUCAUGCUGCUGAAGCUCACAGAGUUGACGAAAUCUUUGAGAUGGCUUUUGAGCACCAGGAGCGCACAAAGAUUCUCUCUCUUAAUCACCAUUUUGGACACAUUUUGACUCCUUGUACUGUUCUACCUGUGCGGCUCUAUUCCGAUGCCAGAAAUGUGUUAUCUGGAAUAAUUGACUCUCAUGAGAAUUUAAAGCAUCUGAAAGAUGACUUCAUUAAAGUGCUUGUAUGGAUGCUAGUCCAGUAUUGUUAUAAAAAAUCAAAAACAUGGGAAAGCCCAGGCAGUGCUGACAAGAACAAAAAAGGAUCAUUUCCAGAAAAUCAGCAUAGUGGUGCAGCAGAAAGAUCCAGGCCUCCGAGGGAAGAAGAUAGCUUUAGUGUUAAUACAAUUGAGGACUGGACUGAUGACAGUGACAUUUUUGAUCUUGAACCCAGUAGCAGAAUGAAAGACAGAAGAGAACCUGGACAGUUGGGAACUACACCACAAGUACAUCUGUCUAUUCCAGGAUCUGUAGAAACACAAAGCCAAGAUGUCCCACAAGAAAUGUCACCAGAAGAUAAAUUAUACAGGACUGUUGUCCUUGGACUUCCUGCUGUAGACAAAGGGAGACAGCAGGAAGUUUCACCUCAGGUUGAAUUUAGUUGCUCUUACUCAGAGCUAUUGAGCAUCCCUGAAGAAUGGAGAACAGCCCCUGUGCCUUCUUCCAAAGUCAAGGAAAUGAGGCAGAGGUUUCCAGAAGAAUGGUACCACUUCAUUUUGAGUCAACUGGACUUCUUUCAUCUGAAGGAAAAGCCUUCCAAUUUACUUGAAGACCUUAUGAAAGAUAAAGCUUUGAAAGACUUGUACAUCCAUGGAGUGCUGUCCUGUUGUUUUGGCCUGUUUGGGCUGGACAACACGGUGCCUGCCCCCAGCCACGUGUUCAGAGCAUACACUGGUGGCAUUCCAUGGUCUGCUGGUUUGGACUGGCUCACCGGCAAACCGGAGCUGUUCCAACUUGCAUUGAAAGCAUUCAGAUACACUUUUAAACUGAUGGUUGACAAAGCCAGCUUGGGUCCAGUUGAGAACUUCACAGAGCUGGUUAACUAUCUGGAAGAGUAUGAAAAUGAUUGGUACAUUGGACUGGUAUCAGAUCUUGAGUGGCAGCAAGCAGUUCUUCAGGAAAAGCCAUACCUUUUCUCACUGGGCCAUGACCCAAACAUGGGAAUUUACACCGGGCGAGUCCUCACUCUUCAGGAAUUGUUAGUACAAGUGGGAAAACUGAAUGAUGAAGCUAUCCGAGGUCAGUGGGCAAAUCUGUCCUGGGAGCUGCUGUACGUGACCAACGACGACGAGGAGCGGUACAGCAUCCAGGCCCACCCCGUCCUGCUGCGCAACCUGGCCGUGCAAGCUGCAGACCCUCCUCUGGGCUACCCCGUGUAUUCCUCUGAGCUCCUGCAUCUGCCUUUGUUCUAGAAUGUCUGUAGCACUAUUUUUUUUAUUAUUAAUUGUUGUCUUUUCCAUCUGCACGUUGGGAACCAAAUGCUCGUGCUACGUUUAUACGCUGCAGGUGAGGUUUUGCUCUCGUGUUGGUGUGGCAGGGCCAAGCCAGCCUGUGUGAUUUGCAGAGAAGUGGUGCUAGCCAGAACCUUCAGCAGGCAGGAAGUUUGGAACUGUUUCCUUGCUGCUGGAACGUGUGAGACACCACGGCCUGUGUGGCUGGCGAGCCAGAAGAUGCUGAAAUUCUCUUCUCCAGUUUAGAGAAGAGCAGCAUCAUUCUGAUCAUUAUUUUUAGUGUAUUCUAUUUUAUUUUUUUUCUUGGACAGGUGACUUGCAGUGACAGGUCACAGCUCAAUGUAGUACCACCAACCACAGAGUUGGUACCCAAAGUGUACAUAUGACUAUUUAUAUGAUUUUUUUUUUUUUAAUUCUGGCCAUUUUGUAUUGGACUGUGUUCAGUUCUAGCAUUUGAUACGAGACUUUCACUGAUCUUCCUUAGUUUUAUUAAGUUAUCAGUUAUGCUUUAACAAAAGAAGUUGGAAGGGAAGAUUUUUACCAAAGUCCUUGGUUUGAGGGGCAAAGAGAAUUUAUAUAAACAGUGUGCAUUCUGGCACAUUAAUAACCUGUGUGACCUACUAAUGAAAGGAGUAAACAUGUAGUUAGAGAAGGAAUUUAAGUCCAAGUGGAUUAUUUUUACCCCCUUCUUCCAAAAUCCAUAUAUGUUUACACACACACAUAUAUAUAUAUAUCUGUUGCUAUAUGCAACCUAAAUCCACGCCACUAACCAGUCUUCCACAAAUACUGUGAGAGCUUGCUGAUGGGGGUGAGUGGAAAUCCAGCUGCAAUUUAUUUUUUUAACCUUACCACAGGUUAGAAGAUAAUUUGGCAACUGGUUUGUAGUAUUACAGGUCUCCUUGAAAACAGGGCUGGGCAAUCUCUCCAGUGACUUGUUUAUCCUGUUUGUUCCACCCAUCAUUAGCACAUGAAUGUGCUCUCUCUGUAGGUCAGUAGUUGGCGUCCUUACUGUGGGCAGGUGCCAGGCAGGGUGUAGGUCAUUCUCUUUAACCUCUAGAAUCAAUUCAAAUCAGAUCUGCUCUAUCACUGAAAUAGUACUGGUUUAGAACACCCAGCAUUGCAUCAUUUGGAGGAUGUUUAUUACUUUACUCCUCACCUUUAAGACAUGUUUGUAUCAGAUAAAAUGUGUCACAGGACUGUGUCCAGUGUGCUUGGCUAUCAGCUCUUUGUUUUGAUUGGUGACCAUGUAUGAUUUUAAAGAAAUACGCAAACCUUGUGGAGGAAUUCAGAAGUGGUAAAGAAACACUCGUCAAACUCUGUGGCUUUAUUCUAAGGCACAGGAUGAAAUUAAUGCAGAACAUGAAUGAAAGCAGCUUUUAGAGGGUGGGAGGUUGGUGUGUGGGAGUGUAACAAAGUGCUGAUAAGCUGAACUCCCCUUGCUUGGCCAUGAACUGUGUCUGGAGGUGGAGAGUGAUGGAAACUGAUCUGGAAAGGACUGUUUAGAGAGCACCUAUUUCAGCUCCUUCUCCAGAGAAAUUACUCCUGGCAAAUGUUUCAUCUGAUUUAAAAUUUUCAGUACCAUGAAUUUAUAAGCUUCUGACUACUUGUCUUCUGUAUGGUCACAGAAAAUUGAAUUACCUUUUUUUUUUUUUCCAGCAACAGCAGGUUUUUAUUUUAAGAUGGCUCUAAUUUCUGCCCUCGUUCUUUGUAAACUGAAUAAACUAGUUGAGAAAAAACUGAA